AUGCGCUCACUUGGAUCAUUACAAUCAGAAUGUGAAUUAGCUCAUGAUCUAACCGAUGAAUUGGAAAUGAAUCAAUUACAAUUGUUUAUAUUGAAAUAUCGUUUAGCUGCAAUUUCUGAUAUUAAUUUUCCAACACCAUCGGAAUUAUUAAGUAAAAUUUCAUUGCGUACAUUACGUCAUUUAAGUUCAUUUGGUGGUGCUGCCAUAUGCUCUCUUCAUUUAUACUUCUUGUGUAAAUUACAAUUUCAAAUUUGUAAAAGAUUAUGGAAUCAACAAGAGGAAUUAAUGCUGAAUGUUUCUCGACUUCAUGCACUUUAUGACGAACAUCUUUUUAAUGGUACCAAUGGUACCAUAAGUGUAUUACUUCCUUCUGGUUCCAUUAUAUGUCUUCAGCAAACAACCAUAGAUAAUGUGAGCGAGAUAUUAUGCAAGGUUUGCGAAGAGCUAAAACUUGACCCUAGGAAAUAUUAUAUUAUAAGAGAAAGUCAUGAUCGAGUUCGAUUACAAGAACGAGACUAUCGAGUGCAGAAGAAAGAGCGAAGUCUUGGAUUAACUAUAUCAGCUAAAAUUUGUAAUGAUGGUGUAAUAAAGGCCAAAGGUUAA